UAUUUAUGCUAAUGAUUCAUAACAUGUUUGUGAUGUACUUUUAAUUCGUUCCCAGCCAUGGCACUGGCUAUGGUUGAUGCUGUUUUAGCUCAAGUCAGAAACACCACAGCUGAAGAUGUUCAGAAUAUCUGUUCCUCUGCUCUCAUCAGCUUUAGUAUUCCUGAAAGACAUGGACAGUGUAUGAAACUGCUUCGCCAGCUUUUUCUGGUUCUGCAAAACUACAAUGGCAAACUAUGUAUACCUUCAAAACUAUUGUCGAACCUCUUUCUAUCUGCUGUGGUGGUGAAGAAGAGUAACCGGGAAUGUCUGCUGUGUAAACAGAUCUUUAUUGAACUGCUGGCUUCAGAUGAGGAUGAAGAUGGUAACCAUAUGGCUGAGAUGUUCAACAACAGUGUUGAUGUUUCCAGGGCCAUCGACAGUUUACCUUUCUAUUUGGUACAGGGACAAAAGAUUGGUUGUCUAGCCAAGAUGGUUUCUGAAGCUGUAAGGUGGCUAUCUUCUGGCAAUGCUGAAAUCGACAAACAACGUAGAGCCUUCACGUUCAUUGUGGCAGUUGUCAGUCUUCAUUCUGAGAUCAUCAAAAGAGAUGACAUUGGUGAAGUAAACAAGUUUAUCUCAACAUGGUUAAUGGAGGCCAGUCGUUAUCAGGCUCCAAAUCCUUACACAAGGAAUUUGUUCAAGAAGGAGAAAACUACAUUGGUCUCUGAAAUUGAUGGAACUCCUAGUAAAAACUUCUUUACUGUUCUGAAUGUUGCCCAGUACAAUACGGAUGACCAAUUCUUGAACUUGUACACAUUUUCAAUGCUCUACCAAUGGCUGAAACACACUAUUCCAGUUGUAUCGUCAACAUCUGAUGAACUGCAGUCACUAACCUCCUCUCAGGGUACAUCCUCAAUCUCUCUCAGCCCAGCACUACCCAAAGAAUUUGCUCUUCUCACAAGCCGAGUCAUUGACUAUUGCUUUAGAGUCCUUGACCAGUGUGAGAGAAAACCCAAGAUUGCUGCUGAUAUUGAUUUCCAGAAUGCUUGCCUGAUAGAAACUGUGAACAUUCUAGAUGCUGUGUGUAAAGUUGACAAGGAACAGACCCCUAGGAUAUUUACAGAGAUGAAGAGACUCUUUACAAAUCUGACAACAGACAAUAACCGAACACCAAGAAUCCUUGUUAACCUCCUACAGUUUUACAUUAACCACAGUAGCACCAUGGUGCAUGACCCUCAGUCUGCAUAUGACUUGUUCUUCGGACAACUCCUCAGCCAGAAAUACAACCAGUGUCAUUUUGUGUUCGAUACUGUUAUGUUUUUACGAGACAACCUUGAAACACUGUGUUAUAAGACAAACAUCCUCUCAAAGUACUUCCCCAAUAUUUUUAAGAUCCUUGCUUGGAAUCCUCCAACGUUUGUCAAAGAAUUUGAAGACCUUUUACCUGCCAUGAUUACUCAGAGUACAGCACUUGAGGUAUUCCACCGUCUUUUAGAGCUUCCAUGUUUGACAGCGCUUCUUGAAGCAAGUGAGAAAUUGAAGAAGGGUGAUGUAAACAGCAUUGAACCCGACUCUUCUGUCCAGGCUUUACAGAAAUCUGCCUACAACCCUUUAUUUAAUUUCAUCAUGAGUCCAGACAGUGGCCAUGGGGACACAAUCAACAGACUUGAUGAGCUGUAUGAGGUCUUACAUGAUAUGAGGGACCACCCACGUGUGAUUAACUGUGCUGAGGUUUUACCUAAAUUAUUAAGUGUGUAUUUUUCUGUGAUUCUGGAAGACAGCAGCGAAGAGUUUACAUCCUGUUUGGUAUCAGUCCUUUUAGAGAGGGUCUCAUUGCUCUACGAUGUUCCUGGAUACAAGAGAAAUGUCAGGAAAUUGUUUGCUGACUACAUAGUGAAGCUGCUAAAACUUUAUCCUUAUAUUGUCAUCAAGCAGAGAGGAGAAAUUAUUGAUUACCUCAUCAAUACACACAAUAUGAAGGAUGACAGAUUCUUUAUGCAUCUGGUUUGGAGUGUUGGAGAGUUCUGCAGCUGUAGUCUGGAUAACAACUGUUCUGCUAAAAUCAUAUCAAAGUACUAUGAAGUUCUAGAGACACUGAUGUAUGAGUGGUCCAGUACCACAUUGACAUUAACCACAGAUGAAGAAUUCCCACCACGUCUCAUGUCCAUUCUUAUGUCGGCCACAGCAAAGCUGGCUUCUCGGUGCCAAGACCUCAUUCCUCGUGCUGUUCUUUGUCUAGGUAAGGUGUACAGUCAACUGUGUACUCCUAAUAACCUACCUAGAGAUACACGUAAUUCACUGUUGAGUACUGCACAGGAAUUUAUUAACUUAUUCAGCUUUACAAAUUUUGCCUCUGUGAUAUUGAACCCAUCCUCUGAGAUUCAAAAUGGCAGGUGUCAUCAAGACAAUAUGUGCUUUCUGCUUGUGGACUUACAGUUUCUUACCCACAUUUUUUUCUUUUUUACUUGUGGUAUUGUAUUUCCCACAUCUUUAACUUGUGAUAUUGUAUUUCUCACAUCUUCCAUUUGUGACGGUGUGUUUUCUAUGAAUGCCCAUGACAUUCUGUGUUUCCGACAAGUUUCUCUUAUGGUCAUGUCUGUAUGCAAUCUACCUCCCUUAAAUUCCAUGACAUAA